UUAUAAUCCCAGGCUGCAGCUGCAAGCCAGCCGGCCUGAGAGAGAGGAGAGGAGAAGGACUCCAUUGGCGACAAGCUAAGCUUAGCUAUAGCUAUAGCUAGCUAGCUUAGCCCCUGCCUUCCAAGGAGGAAGAAACGAGGCAUACAUACCCAUCCCCUCCUCCUCGACGGCUAGCUGCUACCUCGUCUGAUCGAUCGAUCGAUCUCCUCGUCGGCCAUGGCGCAGCAGAAGAAGAACGCGCACGUGCCGAAAUUCGGCAACUGGGACAAUGGCGGCAACGUGCCGUACACCGUCUACUUCGAGAACGCGCGCAAGGGCAAGGUCGCCGCCGCCGGCAAGAUGUUCAACCCCAACGACCCCGUCGACAACCCGGAGGCCUUCUCCUCCUCCAUCGCCGCGCCAUCGCCGAGCCGAGCCCCUCCUCCUCCGCCGUCCCACCACGAGCGCGCCCCGAGCGACGCGCCGCCGCCGCCGCCGCCGGCCCCCUACGCCGGCGGCUCGCCGUACCACCGCCACGCCGCUGGUGGUGGCGAGACGCCGCCGGCAAGAAGAGGAGGCGGGCGGACAAGCGGCGGCGGCGGGUCGUCGUACAGCGUCGAGCACUCGCCGUCGCCGUCGCCGCUGCACCCCUACUCCGACAGCGGGAGCGGCAGCUACGGCGGCGGCCUCGUCGCCAACUCCCGCGCCAAGGGCGGCGGCGGCGGCGCCCCGCGCGGCAACGAGACACCGACGAGGGGGUCGGCGGUGCCGCGGUUCGGCGACUGGGACUCGAACCCGGCGUCGGCGGACGGCUACACGCACAUCUUCAACAAGGUGAGGGAGGAGAAGCAGACCGGCCAGGCCGCCGGGAAGCCGGCGGCGGGGCUCGGCAAGGGCGGCGCCGCCGCCGCCGGCCACGGCAACGCCGCCAAGCGAUACCACGACGACGACUUCGCCUCCACGAAGUGCUCCUGCUUUGGAUGGUGCAAAUAGAGAUGGAUUUUGAGGCUGUUAUCAAUGUACUUGUAAAUUGCAGAGAAUGGGAUUUUCGUUUCCCCAGUGCGAUUCAUCAGCUUCGAAACUGCAUUUGGUCAUAGAUUAUUUAUUUGGAAGUGGGGAAAUAUACAUUACAGUAUAGUUCAUGCCUGCUGUAAUGGUAGAUUACGUAUUGGAUUGUUUGGUUCCUUCUGUACUGGAUUUACAUGCUUGUAAUGGCAGGUUAAAGCUUGGGCUGUUUCUUGUUCUUAUCGUCA